ACCUCACGUGCAGUGGUGCAUGGUGCACGACCCUCCGCACAGUCCUCUUGCCAUCGCAGCACACUCCUUGCUCCGUUGUCGACCUCUUCUUCAACGCUUCGGCCUCGUCUUAUAUCUCGCUCUCGCUCGCGAUGUCAUUUUUGACCUUAACAUCUCUACCAAAACCAUCACCAUGCUCGCAGACGACGACGAAAUCUACAACUACUUGACCAAGUGCCGCCAACUGCUCAUGUUUGCCCUCACGGAGGAAGAACACUCGGAUCUCCGCAAAGUUCUCUUCCCUGCCCUUGCGUGCGGCAUCAAGCCUCGCCCCGACGAGCUCCGUCAGCUCAUCCACCUUUACCACAACAUCGUUCUCGAAGUAUGCGACUGGAUGGUGUACAGCAAAGGGUAUCCCCACAUCCUCAUCGAGAGCCACUAUACCUUCGACGCCUUCCUCCAGCGCGUUGAUCAAGCGAUUAUCGACGAGUGUCACGGUGUGGAGCGCAUAUGGUCACGACGUGGGUCUUGGACCACAUCGCUUGCCACCGUACCCGAAGCUCCGAGCGAGCACAGCGUCAGUACGCCUACGCAGGGCGUGACGAAGGGCCUUGCAGAGCUCAACAGCCCUCCCCUCACCCCCCCUGAGAGCGAGAAGCCCGCCGCAACACUUGAUUCCAACACGCUCUUUCUGAAACCGGCGCCCGAGCUCUCCAUUAACGAGAGCACCACGCUGCCCGUCGAGACACCGCCCAGCCCGAAGGCUUUGCCACGAACCCCGCCCACGAUCGCCCAGGAGCUCCCACCCGUGCCGCCAGCCCUGCAGAUGUCGCUGUUUGAUGACGAGCCGAUUGCACCCACACUCCCUCGCCCUCGCUCCCUCUCUAUCGUCGACCCCGUAUCGAUUAUGGUGACACCUUCGAGCGCGACGCCCUCCUUCGCUUCCAACAAAACACCACAAGCCUCGCCCAUUGCCGGCGAAUUCAAACACACCGACAAGCUCACCCCCUCCUUUCCGCCCCCCUCUUUCAUCUCUCGCCGUGAACCCAAGCCUGAGCCUCGCCCUGAACGCGCAGAGCCUGAGCCAGUUUCCGUUCCCUCCUCGGUGUCAUCCUCCGUCGCCAGCUCACCCCGCAUCCGCCCCAUGUCUUCCAGCAGCAGCCUCUCACACCACUGGUGGCAGCUCGGCAGUCGCUCCCGACGCGCUUCUGCACCUGUGCUAUGAAGACGUCUCCGCGCAGCACAUGAUUAUGAUUAGGCGGGGAGGUGAUAGCCGCUGCGGCUGGUGGGAACGUGCUGCUACACUGGGACGCUUAGCGCCGCGUCGCUUGCUCCUGUGGGGACAUAGGAGGAGCCGGCGCGCAAUUAUUGCUGUUGUUCUGUUUCUUGUAGUAUUAUUAAGCCUCUCGCGAUGAAUUAUGUGACUAUGCA